UACAAGAAAGUAAGAAGAUGCCCCACAAUUACAAGAAAAGGCAUUUAGGCAGAAAAAUAUAUUGUAGGCAAGAAGUGAAUUUCAUAUAUUCAACACGUAUUAAACACCUGUACCAAGGAGGUACCAAAUAUAAGGUCUUGCCCUCACAGGGCUUUCUGAUUAAUAGAGGGUUAAGAAGAAAUCACACAAUUGAUAAAGUACCCAAUAUGAUCAGGGCCCUCCAGGAAUAUAAAAAACUAGAGUAAGGACGACCUAGGUUUGAAUCUGAUCAGACAGAAGCUCUCAGUUUAGGCAAAUCACCAAAGAUUGCUCAUCUAGCAAACAAGGGUUACUGGGCCCAAAGUCGUCUGUGGUCUUUUUUCAGCUCCCUUCCCAGCCAGUGGGAUCUGGUGUUUAGCUAAGGAACAUUCGGAAAGUGUAAAGGAAGGCUGGAAGUAAAAUCUUGGAGGCCCAAUGAACCAACCUUUACAUAAAUCACGGGAUCCUAGUUCAUCACUGGAAGACCAGUCAGUCUAAGCCCUUUUUCUAAGGGGGGGAACUGAUGCUCAUUGAGGCUAAUGGACUUGUCCAAAGGCCCUGGUGAGCAAUAUGGUAGUAUUGAUGCUGAGGGGCCUCUGGGACUUGUGAGACAGUGGCAAAACAGGAAAAAUCUUAGAUUUGGAGUCAGAGAAUUUGGAUUGGAAUCAUGCUUCCUCCACUUUAUCAUCCUGGUCAAGUCACUUGACUUUUCUAGAUUUUAGUUUUCAUCUGUGACAGAAUGGAGUUAGACUAGAUGGCCUAUUAGUUCCAGCUCUAAAUCAAACUUAUGACUCAGAUUGUUGCUGAUUGAGCAUUUUGGGUUGUAGGGCCCCGAAUGCAAGUUUUGCUCACAAUUUAUAUUUUUAGUUUUAAAUUUUCUUCCUUCAUUCCUUUCCUACCCAUUGAGAAUGAUAUCCAUUAUACAUAGGAAGUCAACAAAACAUUUCCACACUAGCUACUCACAAUGUAUUGAUGCUAUUGUUGGUAUACAGUAUUGACCCUCACUAACAACCCCUUCCAAUGCCACAACUAGGUGAGGAAGUAACCCCGGACUCAGUUGGCCAAGCUGUAAUUAUGAUAGGGCAAUGAAGUUUUGCCUUGAGGCUCUGAAUUUAGGGAGUUCCCAGAGCACUUCCAGUCAACCCAUCAGUAAGCAACCACAGAAUUUCAUGAACAAGAAAUGAUUAAAACAAGAUUUCAGAUGGUAGGAUAGGCUAAGCUCCAAACCUUCCUUCAGCGAGUGCAUGUUUCAUGAAGCUGCUUCUAGAAUUGCACAGCUCUUGAAUGAACUUAAUAUUCUCUUAGCAAUGGAUCCACUGGCUGGUUCUACCAAUCUGGGAAGGGUCAAAUUUCACUGCUCAUGCAAAGAGCAGUACUAGAAAGUAUUGACAAAAGGUGGACUCUUGGGCCAGGCUGGUCACAGGCCCACAAAAUUUCCUUUCCUGGAUCCCAGGAGAUCUUCCAGAACUGGCUGAUAAUAGAAAUGAUGAACAUAUAAUCAUAGUUUUUACCAUCCCUCAGAAGAGGCUCUUUUCUCACAAGGAUUUACAUUAAAAAUUACUUUUUUUUUUGUUUGUUUAAAAAAAAAUAAAAACUCUUACCUUCUGCCUUAGAAUCAAUACUGGGUAUCAGUUUCAAGGUAGAAAAGAGAUAAGGGCUAGGCAAUGGAGGUUAAAUGACUUGCCCAGGGUCAUACAGCUAGGAAAUAUCUGAGUCUAGAGUUGAACCCAGGCCCUUCUUUCUGUCUCUAGGCCUGGCAUUCUAUUCUCUAAGCCACCUACCUGCCCCCAAAUCAGUGGUUAUUAGGCUCUUGUGAUAUGCUAAAUGUUAGGGAUGUCCAACUGUUCAUUGAUUUUGGCAUAUUCUUCAACCAUGAAGAUGGUAGUCUGUCCAUUGUGGGCAACUUCAGUUCACCACCCAGUAUGCUGAAAGCUUGCUACCUAGUAGAGCCUGGUAUUGCUCAUCAUCUAUCUGCCAUCACUGUAGUACAAUUCUUUGAUGAUGUCCUUCACUGCUAUUCUUUGGGAUUCCUUCUUUAGGUUGUCAAAGGCAAUAGGGUUUCAGUUCUUGUGUCCAUAAAGCCACAUUAGCCAGUGUUGAAAAGACUAGCGACUUGCUGUCAUGGGAAAGUGGGCAUGAGUAAAAGAGGCAAUUUCCCAAAAGCAAUCCAAUUUUUCUCUUUUUCCAAUCUAGACCUAGCUCAUGGUCCACCUAUUGUCCCAACAGGGUGGGCAAGUCCUAUAGGCUGCAUGUUGAAAUCUGGGCAGUAGACAUUCUGAGAUUAUUUGAUUUUUCCUGGGUGAGUGAACAAACCAAACUCUUCCAGAUAGCUAAAGAUUUCUUCCAGCAGGCUCUGCAAGGACUUGGGGGUUUGAUGACAUAUAAUCAACAUGCCACCCUCAAACAGGAAUAUCAAGAGAACCUCACCAUUCCCAAGGUAAUCUUUCCCACAAGUCAGAAAGGGAAAUAUUUAUUACAAGAAUACAUCUGUGGUCAGAGGGCCAUUGAAUUAGGUUAUUUCUGUUAUUUAUAUCUUCUGAGGAAGCUUGAAUGAACUUAAUAUGUAGAUGGGAUACACCCUUUAAAAAGGAAUCAGUGGGGGAGGCAGCAUUUUUUUUAGUGGAAUGUUUAAAAAUUUUUAAUUUCUUAGCACAACGGGAUCUUAUAUUCUCAAUAUCUUUCAGUCAACUGCAAGCUAGUAAAUAAGUAGUUUAUUGCUGAACGUGGUUUUUAAAAGUGCUCAUUCCUUUAUGGAGGAAGCAAUCAAUUCAUGACCCUCAUAAAGCCUUGGGAUACAUGGGGGAGUAAGUUACUGCCAUAUUCUCAGUCACGUUUCAAGCCUUUGGUUAUUUGCCCUUGCUUUAUAGCCAGGUCCCUUGUCCCAUCUGUCCUGUUGCCUCCAGAGCGGUUGUUCUCUGAGAUCAGGCUCCCUAAGCGCUGGAGGGCCAAAGCAAGGCCAAAGCAUUUUCAGUUGGACAAUUUCCGGAGCACAGACGAGUGAUACAUAGAUACAACGUAACGUUCUGGAUGGCAACGGGCCGCAGGGGAAAGCUGGGCUGGGGCAGAACCCGGAGCGAAGAGAAAAAGCUGCCAAGCAGCAGGGAGCUUGUGGGAAUAGUGUAGUUGGACACCCAGCUCAUUGCGACGCCCAACCUACCCCAGCCGCGCAUGCGCACUCCCGCCUCCAGCAGCCAUCUUUCAGGGUACACAAAGGUUCCAGGCUGAGGUCCCCAGAGAGUUUACGCAGCCGCAGCCCUCUGCCUGGCGCAUGCGCCUUUCGGGUCCCGACGCGUGGGGAAGGGAAGAAGUGGGAGCCCCAGAGAAGAGGGGUACGACGGCGAAAGCGCAGUGACUAGGACGUCAGAAGCCUCGGCCCUCAUUUCCCGUCGGGCGUUGGGCUAGAGGACCUGAACACAACGGAAACGGCGCCUGUUGGUUUCCGGCAACAGCCGCCAAGGGGCGGUGCAUAACCCGGAAGAGCUCCCAUUCUGCGUCAGGGCCCGGUGGUGACGGCGGCCGGGGUUCGGUGGGAGCGGAGCCGCCAUGGGCUCCUCGAAGAAGCACCGCGGGGAGAAGGAGGCGGCGGCGGGGGCUGGGACUGGGGCGGCAGGAAGUUCGGGACCGGGUGCGGCCGAGCAGGCGCCGCGGCACCGCGAGCACAAGAAGCACAAACACCGCAGCGGGGGCGGCGGCAGCGGGAGCGGCGGGGGCGGGACCGGCGAGCGGCGCAAGCGCAGCCGGGAGCGCGGGGCCGAAAGGGGGAGCAGCCGUCGCGGGGGCGAGGCUGAGGCCCGCAACGGGAGCGCGCACGGGCGCGAACGCAGUCAGGCCGAGCCUGCGGAGCGGAGGGUGAAGCGGGAGAAGCGGGAUGACGGCUAUGAAGCUGCCACUGGCUCCAAGGCCAGCUCUGGAGAUGCCUCAUCUCUCAGCAUUGAGGAGACCAAUAAACUCCGGGCAAAGUUGGGCCUCAAACCUUUGGAGGUCAAUGCUAUCAAGAAGGAGGCAGGCACCAAGGAGGAGCCAGUGUUGGCUGACGUGAUCAACCCCAUGGCCUUGCGGCAGCGUGAAGAACUACGUGAGAAGCUGGCGGCAGCCAAGGAGAAGCGUCUCCUUAACCAAAAGCUGGGGAAGAUCAAGACCCUGGGGGAAGAUGAUCCAUGGCUAGAUGACACAGCUGCCUGGAUUGAGAGGAGCCGGCGAUUGCAGAAAGAGAAGGAUUUGGCUGAGAAAAGGGCUAAGCUGUUGGAGGAGAUGGACCAAGAGUUUGGAGUGAGCACCCUGGUGGAGGAGGAGUUUGGACAAAAGCGGAAGGAUCAGUACAGUGCCCGGGACCUACAGGGGCUGACCGUGGAGCACACCAUAGACUCCUUCCGGGAAGGGGAGACCAUGAUCCUCACCCUCAAGGACAAAGGGGUGCUGCAAGAGGAGGAGGACGUGUUGGUGAAUGUGAACCUUGUUGACAAAGAGCGGGCAGAAAAGAAUGUGGAACUGCGGAAAAAGAAGCCUGAUUACCGACCCUAUGCGGAAGAUGAGAGCGUGGAUGACAUGGCUGUGUUUAAGCCAAAAUCCAUUUUGGCCAAGUACGAUGAGGAGCUGGAAGGGGAGCGGCCACACUCGUUCCGGCUUGAUCGCAGUGGGGCAGCUGAUGGAGCCCGAGAGCGGGAGCUGGAGGAAAUCCGGGCCAACCUGAGGCAGCAGGCGCAGUCCUUGACCAUGGCUGGACCCCGGCUUGCAUCCGAGUAUCUCACUCCACAGGAGAUGGUGACCUUCAAGAAGACAAAACGGAGGGUCAAGAAGAUCCGAAAGAAGGAAAAAGAAGUUGUGGUUCGAGCCGAUGACCUGCUGCCCCUCGGCAAUGAGCCGCCAAGCGAGGGAGACUUUGGCUCUAGGUUGCGGGGAAGGGGCCGUCGCCGUGUCCCUGAGGCCGAGGAGGAAGCCCCUGGAGACCACGAGAGGGAGACAACUUCCCAGCUUCCCCAGUCUGAUGACACCAGAGUAGAAAACAUGGAUAUCAGUGAUGACGAAGAGGCUGGAGCCCAGGCGACAGGCUCCCCAGAAAUCCUAGAGGAGGAUGAAGUGGAGGCUGAACUGCAGAAGCAGCUGGAGAAGGGGCGGAGGCUGAGGCAGCUGCAGCAGCUCAAAGACAGUGGUGAGAAGGUGAUUGAGAUUGUGAAGAAACUGGAGACACGGCGGAGCCGGGAGGAAGAUGAAGACCCUGAACGCAAAGGGGCGAUUGUGUUCAAUGCCACCUCAGAAUUCUGCCGAACGCUGGGGGAGAUCCCCACUUACGGGCUGGCUGGCAACCGGGAGGACCAGGAGGAGCUCAUGGACUUUGAGCGGGAUGAAGAAAGGUCCGCCAAUGGGGGUUCAGAGUCUGAUGGGGAGGAGAACAUUGGCUGGAGCACCGUCAACCUGGACGAGGAGAAGCAGCAGCAGGAUUUCUCUGCUUCUUCCACUACCAUCUUGGAUGAGGAGCCCAUUGUGAACAGAGGCUUGGCUGCAGCCCUGCUCCUAUGUCAGAACAAAGGGCUGCUGGAGACGACAGUGCAGAAAGUGGCUCGGGUGAAGGCCCCCAACAAGUCUCUUCCUUCUGCUGUGUAUUGUAUCGAGGACAAGAUGGCCAUCGAUGACAAGUACAGUCGCCGGGAAGAGUAUCGAGGCUUCACACAGGAUUUCAAAGAGAAAGAUGGCUACAAGCCGGAUGUCAAGAUUGAGUAUGUGGAUGAGACUGGGAGAAAGCUUACACCUAAAGAGGCCUUCCGGCAGCUGUCCCACCGAUUCCAUGGAAAGGGCUCAGGCAAAAUGAAGACAGAGCGACGGAUGAAGAAGCUUGAUGAGGAAGCUCUCUUAAAGAAGAUGAGUUCCAGUGACACUCCCUUGGGCACAGUGGCCUUGCUCCAGGAGAAGCAGAAAGCCCAGAAGACCCCAUACAUCGUACUCAGUGGCAGCGGGAAGAGCAUGAACGCGAAUACUAUCACAAAGUGAAGAUGUCCCAUUACCCCAAUCCUUUAAUAUAAAAUAAAAUUCCCUCCUUAUUUUUUC